AUCAAAUGUUUUUAAUAACAACAGAUUCUACAUCUUUCAAUCUAAAAAAGAAAGUUUUGGCAACCAAUAAAGAAUCGACCAGAAAAGGAGCUUUUGUCUUCGAGUCUCAAAAAUACUCACUCCACAUAUACAACGUACACACUCCCCUUCAGUAUUCAGUAUCGAGUCUAUCGCUACAUCUAUAAAUACCCUCCGAUUUCAACUCCUCUUCUCCACCAAACAUAUCAUAUCAUACCAAAAACAUAAUAAAGGUAUAAAUAAGAGAAAGAUAGAAGCCUUUAGCAUGAGUUCAACGUUGAGUGAUGUGUUUAGAUUGCAUCCCAUUCACAUUCCACUCCCAAGCUUACCCAACCUCAAAUCUCUCCCUGAUUCUUACACGUGGACCGCCAAAGAUGAUCUCCUCUUCUCCGCCUCCGCCUCCUCCGACUCCCACGAAUCCCUGCCGCUCAUUGACCUCUCCGAUCCCCACGCGACCACUCUUGUGGGAAAUGCUUGUACCACGUGGGGCGCGUUUCAGCUCACCAACCACGGAGUGCCCUCGCGACUUCUCGACGACAUUGAGCUGCUAACCGGAAGUCUUUUCCGGCUUCCCUUUCACCGGAAGAUCAAGGCGGCUCGGUCGGAGAAUGGCGUCUCCGGCUACGGCGUUGCUCGUAUAGCUUCUUUCUUUAGUAAGAAAAUGUGGUCCGAAGGUUUCACCGUUGUUGGCUCUCCUCUCCACGAUUUCCGAAAACUCUGGCCAAGCCAUCACCUCGAAUACUGUGAAAUAAUUGAAGAGUACGAAAGACAUAUGCAAAAGUUGGCAGCCAAGUUGAUGUGGUUGGCCUUAGGUUCACUAGGAGUGGAAGAAAAUGACAUAAAUUGGGCCGGGCCUAAUUCAGACUUUCAAGGAACCCAAGCAGCUAUCCAACUAAACCAUUAUCCAAUAUGCCCAGAACCAGACCGAUCGAUGGGCCUCGCAGCCCAUACCGACUCAACCCUCUUGACCAUUUUGUACCAGAACAACACCGCCGGUCUUCAAGUUUUCCGGGAUGGCAUGGGCUGGUUCACCGUGCCAACUGUCCCCGACUCGCUAGUGGUCAAUGUCGGUGACUUGCUCCACAUUCUGACCAAUGGAAUCUUCCCGAGCGUGCUUCACCGUGCCAGGGUUAACCACAUCCGAUCUCGCUUCUCCAUGGCUUACCUUUGGGGUCCACCCUCCGAUCUAAUGAUCUCUCCACUUUCCAGGCUCGUUGAUCCUCUCCAAUCUCCUCUCUACCCGUCUCUCACUUGGAAACAGUACCUUGCUACCAAAGCUACUCAUUUUAAUCAGUCUCUUUCCAUUAUUAGAAACUACAUGUCUUCAGUCCAAAUUUCUUGAUUUUAUUUUUACCUAUCUAAGAUUUUUAAUUAUUAUUAUUAAAAGCUUUUUGUUAUAACUAAUAUAGUAUAUAAAAAAAAAAGGUGUCAUUCAAAUAACUAGCAUGCAUUGCAUGUACACACACUUGUUCUAGUUGUAA